GGCAAACCUUGAACUCAAGGCAUGAAGGGCUGUCCACAGGCUUACACCGAGUAUCCCCAGGUAACCAUAGGCCCCGCGGCCGCCACCGCUGUCCACACAGGAUGUCUGGAGCUUUUGUGGGCAACCAUUUCUUGAUGAUUCGUUCCUGUGGCCCUAGAGAUUGUCUCCCGUGCACUUGAGAGCUAUCAAUUGCUUCUGCUUUUUAUUUAUUUAUUUCCUUUCUAAGAGCCGGACCGUGCCCGGCUCCCACCGCCAGGAUGGCUCAAUCCAAGGCCAGUGGCUCUCACUAUGCGCUGACGGCCAUCGGCCUGGGAAUGCUGGUCCUCGGGGUCAUCAUGGCCAUGUGGAACCUGGUACCGGGGUUCAGCACCGACAAACCGACGGCUCAGGGCAACAAGACGGAGAUCGGGAGCGGGAUCCUUAAGAGCAAGACCUUCUCCGUGGCCUACGUGCUGGUCGGGGCCGGCGUGGCGCUGCUGCUGCUGUCCAUCUGCCUGAGUGUCCGGGACAAGCGGGAGCAGCGGCGGAGCGAGGAACUGGCGCGCAUCCAGCAGCAGGCGGGAGCCGUGCCCCGUGCCCAGGACGAGGACAGCCAGGAGGAAGAGGAGGAGGAGGAGGAAGCGUCAGCCCGAUACUAUGUCCCCAGCUACGAUGAAGUAAUGAAUUCCAGCCACUCGGGCGCCAGGGCACUGGAGCAGAGCCCGGGGAUGGGAGUCUCUCUGCCCUCCUAUGAGUCGUUAACGGGGCUGGAUGAAUCCACCCCCACGGCUGCCAGAGCGGAUGCCGAGGGGGGCCCAGGGCAGCCCCCUGAUCGGCAGAACUCCAAGAUGGCCAAACGCCUGAAGCCGUUGAAAGUUCGAAGGAUUAAGUCCGAGAAACUUCACCUCAAAGACUUCAGAAUCAACCUCCCUGACAAAAACAUCCCACCCCCGUCCAUUGAGCCUCUGACGCCACCACCACAAUACGAUGAGGUACAGGAGAGGACCCCCGAGGCCCGGCCCCCUGACUGAGCAGACCUUCCAGGCCACGUUCCCUCUGUCUCUUACCCUCUGCACCAACAGACUAUAAGGAAGUCACCUGUGUCCCAGUGGGGAAGCAGAAAGGGUGGUACUCACUCUGACAUUGGAAAGGGGGAGUCAGGGUUUCCAUGGGAAAGCUGGUCUCUGAUGAGCAUGCGUUCAUCACAGCUCCAGCAACCCCGUCUACCUUUCUCUACCCAAAUCCCUGGCCACACACAAGGACUGGAUCCUUGGCCACUGGUUUAGAUGGUGGUAUUUUGAUUUUUCCACAAUGACUACCUUAUUUUCAUAAAGAAGCUGGGCACCAGUGGCUCGUGCCUAUAAUCGUAGCUACUCAGGUGGCUGCAAUUGAAGGAUCAAGG